UGAUGAGUGAAGGUGCUAUUUUAGAAAGUGGUACUCAUGAUGAACUAAUGGCUAUGAAAGGUGCCUAUAGUAAACUUGUCGAAGCUCAACAACUUAAACAAGCAGAAAUUUUAGAUAAAUCUAUUAUUCCACCAGAAGAUACUGAUCCUUUAAUAACUUCAAAUCAGAUGGAUAUUAUUCCAGAGGAAGAUUAUCAACUUGGACGUGUCACUACAAAUAAAUCUGUGUCAUCGGCUAUUAUAACUAAAAGAAAUGAAGAUCUUGAAGCUAGUAUAAAACAUGAUUAUGAAUAUACAACAUAUGAAUUAAUCAAAAAAAUUGGAAAAAUAAAUCGUCCUGAAUUACCUUUUAUUUUCAUUGGUUUACUUGCUUCAAUAGUUAAUGGUAGUAUAUAUCCUGUAUUUGCCAUAAUCUUUUCAAGUAUUAUUCAAUCCUUUUCAAGUCCUCCUGAUGAAUUACAAAGAGAUGCUUCUUUUUGGUCUUUAAUGUUCGUAGUUAUAGCUGUAGCUACAUCUGUUAGUAGUAUUAUUCAAGGUUCAGCUUUUGGUUAUUCUAGUGAAACUCUCACUCGUAAAAUUCGUUCAAUAUCAUUUGAAUCAAUGUUGAGACAAGAUAUUUCUUUCUUUGAUGAAGAAAAAAAUACUACUGGUGCUUUAACUGGUGUUUUAGCUUUGGAUGCUACUUAUGUUAAUGGGUUGGCUGGUCUUACUUUAGGUACUUUAUUACAAGUCUUAACUACUGUAAUUGGUGGGUUAGUUGUAGCUCUUAUAGUUGGAUGGAAGCUUGCUUUAGUAUGCAUGUGUUGUAUACCUGUUAUGCUUGGAGCUGGUUCUUUACGUAUGAAGAUGUUAGGUGGAUUUCAACAAAAGACUAAAAAAGCUUAUAGAAAUUCGGCUAACGUUGCUUGUGAAAGCUCUGGAAAUAUUAGAACUGUUGCUGCUCUUACACGUGAAGAAGAUGUAUUAAAAAUUUAUCAUAAUAUGCUUGAUGAACCAAUGCGUGAAGGAUUUAAGAAUGCAUUUUUAGCUUCUAUUGCUUUCGCUUUUGCUCAAUGUGUUACUUUUUUAGCAAAUGCUUUAGCAUUUUGGUAUGGUGGUAAAUUAAUUAUGGAUGGUGAAUAUGAUCUUAAAAAAAUGUUUACAGUUUUUAUGGCUGUUAUAUUUGGUUCAAUGUCUGCUGGUCGUGCAUUUGCUUAUGCACCUGAUAUGGCAAAAGCUAAAGUCGCUGCUGCUUCUAUAAUGUCAAUAGUAGAACGUGUUCCUACAAUCGAUGCUUGGUUUACCGGUGGUAAAAAAGUUGAUAAAGUUGAAGGUCAUGUUAAAUUUACAAAUGUACAUUUUAGAUAUCCAACUCGACCUCAUGUUCCAGUACUUCGUGGUCUAGAUAUUGAAAUAAAACCUGGUCAAUAUGCUGCAUUGGUUGGUCCUUCAGGAUGUGGUAAAAGUACUACUAUUAGUUUAAUUGAACGAUUUUAUGAUAUAACUGAUGGAAAAAUUGUAAUUGAUGGAAUAGACGUUACUACUUUAAAUGUUAGUAAUCUUCGUGAACAUAUAGCGUUAGUUAGUCAAGAACCAUCUUUAUAUGAUAUGUCAAUUAAAGAGAAUGUGAUUUUUGGAUGUCGACCAGGACAAGAACCAACUCAAGAAGAGAUUGAGAACGCCUGUCGUCAAGCACAUAUUCAUGAUUUUAUAAUUGGCUUACCUGAUGGUUAUAAUACCCCUGUUGGUGGAAAAGGAAAACAACUUUCAGGUGGUCAAAAACAACGAAUUGCUAUUGCAAGAGCUCUUAUUCGAAAUCCAAAGAUUUUAUUACUAGAUGAAGCAACAUCAGCUUUGGAUUCACAAGCAGAAAAGAUUGUACAAGAAGCAUUGGAUACUGCUGCAAAGGGUAGAACGACUUUGGCUAUAGCACAUAGAUUGUCAACAAUUCAGCAUGCGGAUGUUAUAUUUGUGAUCAGGGAUGGUAAAGUACACGAACAAGGUACACAUCAAGAACUAUUAGCACAAAAAGGAACGUACUAUACUAUGGUACAGGAACAAGAUUUGGGAGAUAUAAAAGAAUAA